GUACACGUGUAUCUACGAUUUGCAGUGCAAACAUUUUGAAAUAUUCACGUAUUCAAGGUUAUUUGCAAGUCAGAGAAGCUGGAAGCAAUCGUAGACCAUUAAAGAAGUUCCACAAUGUUCCGAGGACGAAAUAGAGGCACGCAGGGGGGUGGCCUGGCCAUUAUGCUGCUAGCUUACCAACUGAUGCAAGUCGGUUUCGACCGGAUACCGCCCGUCACGUUGGCGGCGAUACUGGGGCAAGUUCUGGUCUUCUUGAAACUGAUCGACAUACCCUGGCCAAGCCUCGACGAUGUAUGCAUCAGCUCCAAUCAGGUGUGGAAUCGCGGCGACUGGACACGAUUAAUCCUUGGCGUCUUUCACCACGCUGACCAAUGGCAUUUGUAUUAUAACAUGUCGUCAUUCCUGUGGAAGGGCAUAAACUUGGAACGAAAACUAGGCAGUGGUUACUUUGCGUUUCUGUUGGCGGUGUUUACAGUUUUGCAGAGUACUAUACUGGUUGCUGUCAAUAUGCUGCUUGGUAACUACAUUAUGAACGAUGCGUCUUAUCUCUCACAGUGUGCGGUGGGGUUCUCAGGUGUCUUAUUUGCUCUGAAGGUGCUGACUACUUAUGACCUACCACCCGGCAUUCAGUACAUUAUGGGUAUCCCUAUCCAUUCAAGGUUGGCAGUCUGGGCAGAGUUGGCAUUCAUUCAAGUGAUUGCUCCUAAUGCAUCUUUUACUGGUCAUCUCUCUGGAAUUCUCCUCGGUCUUCUGUAUGUAAAAGGACCACUCAAGUUUGUCAUGAAAGAAUUCUACAGCAUCAUUUCAUCCACAGCGUCAGGUCGCCCACAUCAAGCAUACACAUUUCAUAGUUCUGGGACAUCAGGGCGGAGGGCUGAAAACCUGCAACAGGAAUCAAUGCCUACUCAGUCUGGAGGGAUGCCUGCAACUCCCACGAGAAGAUCUGAACGGUUGCGCCAUCAGUCACCCGGGCGUGAUCAGACGCCAGGACAUUUAGGCCGGAAUUACGCAGCCUAUACGGGCGGUCUUACGGAGGAUGAACAGCUGGCUCGAGCUAUGAAUGAAAGCUUGCAACAGUCUCAAAGCAAUAAUGCAGCGCCUCCACAAACCGCAACUGCACCUACUGCUCCGCCAGAACCACCAUCGUACGACUCACUUUACGGAGAAUCCAAUGGGAUUCCACAGGCUCGCAUUCCACCACCACCUCCUGGUUACGAGGGAGCUGGUUCAUCUCUGAACGAUAUACCCACUGUAACACAGCCGCUUUCAAACGAUGACAUUCGCAAGCGUAGACUUAGAAGAUUUCAAAAGGAUUAGAUUUAGACAUCAGUGUCGAGAAUUGUAUCACUUUGAUUCAGAUGGAGAUUUUGCUUUGAAAGACAAAGUGUGCACCACAUAAAUGCCCACCCUCUGCAUUGUCUACUAACAUCAACUACA